CUUGUUUGCUUUGUCUCCCUCUCACCUUGUUCACCCAAAAAAAAGGCUUUCCCCUUGCCUAAAAAUUCUCGCCUCUCCAAAGAACUCUACGACCUUAUCAGUCAAAGAAAAGACAGGAGAGUUCUUACUCCCUGAAGGAUACACUUUUAACCCAGGCGGACAGCCUAUGAACCAGGCAGCCUUCCGUUUGGCAGAAACUCUUAUGAAGGAGGCGGACAGACGCGACCCUGACGCGCACGCCAUUAUGUCUGCAGAUUACCUAGGAUAUGGCGUUCUUGACCUCAUACAUGGGGUCCUGGAUUCUGUUUAUAAAAAAUCGUCAAAAAAAGAGUGGAUGGAUAGUUGGCACGAGCUCACAGCACUUUCUAUCCUUAUGAAUAGUUUUUCUGACUUUAUGACUAUUGACGAUGGAGAUACAGUCAUGGCUGCCGACAAGGUAUUCGGAGCACUCGUUGUCAAAGUUCUCAAGGCUUUGGAACCUGAGUUUGCAGAGAAAGGCGAGGCAGAGCUCCCUGACCUAGAGUUCUGUCUUCACUCUAUGGCCGAUGUGGGAGAUAUGACGAGCGAUUUUGGUGGUGGAAAGUACACCAAGAUCCUCAAGAGUUACGCAAGACAUCUCUUUGGACGCCAAUCCCAGGAAUAUCGGCAAGCUCGGAUUGAAGCGAUCAAGAGGACCUAUCAAAAAUUCUAUCAGACGCUCCCCAACGACAAAAAGCAGGAAUAUGUCGACAAGUCUGUG